AGCUUUGUGAUCUCAAAUUGACAAGCAGUCAUCCGCGCAAUAAGCAGUCAGAUGGGCCGCACGGCUUGCUUCGCCCCAGUCGUAGCUGCCGCUGAAAGAACACCCGCUCUGGAACUGUUCCCGCAGUCUGUGUUGGCGGCAUUGCUUGAAGACCCUACGCCGAUCUUCGUCGGCCGCCAGCAAUCCGCAGACACGGCGUACCAGGAGGUGGCGGUCGAGUGGCAGCCUCAUCCAGAUGUGCCGCUGCAGGCGUGCGGCCAGAUCGGAACCGUGUUGCACGAGGCCUCGCAGCCAUUUCGGCGCCCGUUGUCUUUCGGGCGGCUGAGAACCUUCAGGCUGCACCGCUUUUCGCUCCAAGGGCAAGAGGUCGAGGCGACAAUGAGGGAGCUCUCGGAGUUCGCGUCCUCUCACGCGAAAUUGCGCAAGUCAGCGUCCGUGGGGGAAGAGGCCGUGCGCGGCUCAAACCUCAGAGGCUUCCAAGACAUCGUCAGUGCCGAGCAGCCUCUGAUGGCCGCGCUGCGGGCCUUGUUCACGGAUUGCGUGCGGAGGGCCGCUGCCGCAGACACCGCCGAGGUGACAGCUGCUGGAGAAAUGACGCCGCCGCCCUCGCCUCGUUGCUCGGACGAAGACUUCUGCGCGUGGAUGAAUGUUUCUGGCAAGGGCGCUAUGAACAUCUUGCACAACCAUGGCACUAAUGCAUACGGUGCGGUUUUGUACACGCAGGUUCCUGCCCAAGAAGGUGGCCAGGUUGCUUGCGAUAGGGGUGCGCUCUUGCUCCGCCUCAGCCGAGGGUCCGGGGCCAGGUUCAUGGAGCCGGACGAGGACCUGCACGUGCCGCGGAUGGGUAAUGGGAAUGCAGACGGCGUGGGUUCGGUCGGUACCGAGAGCGAGGAAACCGGUGUGGUAAGAUACGUCCGAGUGCAGCCGCAUACUGGUUCCUUGAUGGUUUUCCCAGGUUGGCUGCCACACAGCGUCACGCCCCACUUCGAGGAUUCGGACCGAGUCUGUUAUGCUUCAAACUGGAGCUAAGCAGCACUGCGGAGCUGCAGCUGUCCACCACCACGUUCAUAUCACAAUCUUUGAUCCCGUAACUUUGUCAUCGACAAGUUCCCGACGAUCUUCUUACUACCUUCUCCACACCUUUGUAUUGGCUUCUCUCGCAAAGACUGUGCGUGCAUGUUCGGCGCGUUCGCUGUUGCCGCACUUCACUUGUAUAGUUUAUAGUUAUUGCGAUCCCUUCGGGACCCCGCUAGCCCCAAGGGAGGGAGCACGUGC